UUACUUCUCUAACCUGCGCACCCCUUUUUCUCCCUCUCGCGUCUGCAAAAUCUUCUUUCCCUUGUCUGUAAAAUCAACAAUACGAAGAUUUCACCUCCUUCUCCUGGUCCUAUUCUCUGAUCAUUAGGAAUCUUCAAUAUUGUUUCUUCCCUUUAAACAAUAUAGAUCUAUUGGUUCUUCUGUUUGAUAUUUUUUUUCUAGGGUUUUAAUAAAACCGAAGAAGAGGGGGAAAGAUAUUUUUGUAGAUCAAAGGCAAGUCAUUGUUUAUCUAGGGUUUUGUUUGAUUUCAUACUUUAAAUAAUCUGAAUUCAAAGGUCCUAUAAAUUGAUUGGAUGAUCUUGCAGUCUCCGUUGAACUAUGGCUUCAAGUAUGUUGACCGGCGAGAAAAGAUGGGUCUCUGCACGAAGAGGGGGCAUGACUGUUUUGGGAAAGGUUGCGGUUCCUAAACCAGUUAAUUUACCCAGUCAAAGGUCGGAGAACCAUGGUCUCGACCCUAACGUUGAAAUUGUUCCCAAGGGUACACUUAGCUGGGGUAGUCGUUCAUCUACUGCGUCAAAUCCAUGGGGCUCGCCUCCUAAUGCUGGUGCAGGUGCUGGUUCACCGUUAUUGAAUAGUCGCCCUUCGUCUGGUGGAACUGGUACUAGGCCCUCCACAGCUGGUAGCGAUAAGUCCCAUGAACCUGCUUCUAGUGCAUGGGGUUCAAGUUCUCGGCCAUCUUCAGCUUCAGGAGUUUUUGUUUCAAAUCAGACAUCAACAGGGACACGUCCUCGUAGCGCAGACACACGACCUGGUAGCUCUCAGCUGUCACGAUUUGCUGAACCUGUAUCCGAAAAUUCAGGUGUUUGGGGUUCAUCAGGGAAUGCCGAAAAAUUGGGACAUUCAUCCUCCAAGACGAAUGCAUUCAGUCUGAGUUCUGGAGAUUUUCCGACACUUGGUUCUGAGAAGGAUAGCGAGGCAGAUGGGCAAGAAGAUCAUAGUUCGCAGGGGCGUCCUGUCUCAGCUUCUGGGGUGGCAACACGAAAAGAGAAUUUGGAAAUUUUGCAUACUGAUGAUGAGUCCAUGGAUGCAAAUAGGGAACGAGGAACUUUAAAUUCUUGGAGAAGAGAGAAUUCUCCAUAUAAUGGAGGCCCACCCCAAGCAAGCAUGGAUCAUUGGCAGAGGGAACACCACCCGUUCCCAAAUCCUAGCAUGCCUCCUCAGCAUUUUGACCCUUGGCAUGGUUCUGUACGCGCUCCUGACGGAGUGUGGUAUAGGCCUACAGGUGUUUCUCCAUAUGGGCCUCCACCAGGCCCUCCUGGUAACUACCCUGUUGAACAGUUCGCUUAUUAUCAUCCCCACCUUCCAGCUAGGCCCCUACCCAACUCACAGGUAGUUCCAAGGCCAGGAAAUGGUCCAGCCCCAGGUGGGUAUCAUUUGAAUACUGCAGAUUCAUACCGGCCCCACAUGCCUGAUUCCAGAUCUGGAGAGUCGUAUCGACCGCAUAUGCCUGAUCCCAGGACUGGUGAGUCAUACCGGCCACACAUGCCUGAUUCGAGGACUGGAGAGUCAUACCGGCCACACAUGCCUGAUUCAAGGACCGGAGAGCCAUACCGCCCCCAAAUGCCUGAUCCGAGGAUCGGAGAGCCAUACCGUCCCCAUAUGGCUGAUUCAAGGAGUGGGGAGCCAUACCGUCCCCACAUGGCUGAUUCAAGGUCUAGAGAGCCAUACCGUCCCCACAUGCCCGAUUCUUAUGUCCGUCCUGUGAUGCCAGUUAGGCCAGUUGUUUACCCAGGUCAGGUGCCUUAUGAUGGCUAUUACGGCCCUCCACAUGUAAACUCUGGUGAACGAGAUGCUCCUGUCAUGGCAACUGGUCCAUGUGUUUAUGGUGGAUACCCGAUACAGAAUGCCCGUCCCGGCUCUGGAAAAUUUCAUGCCAGACCCGCUGGGUUUGGUCCUACAAGCACAGCUAUUUCUAUGAAACAUGUAGAAUCUGGGCAUCCUCAAGGUAGUCACCAGGGACCUUACAAGGUUCUUUUGAAGCAACAUGAUGGUUGGGAAGACAAUGAUGGUAACGAGAAAAGGGAGCAGGAGCACGCUGUGACAACUAGUGCGCGUCCUCUUGGAAGAGGAAGCCGACCUGGAACACCCAUGAAAGAUAACAUGUCUGGGGCUGAUAACAGAAAUGUUGAAUCAGUGGAGUUUACCAAAAAUGUUUCUGUUGAAGUUUCUUCUCAAUCUACCGAUUCCAGAAGAAAUUAUAAUGCGGUCCCUCUUGGAUUGGACACAACAGACAGCAUGAACAAAGUCAAGAAAGUUGAUGAUGGGUUGGUGAAGAAAUCAGAAGUAUCAACUGUUACCAAGGAAGACCUAAAUCCGGUUUCUUCAACCAAAAGAAAUCCUAAUCUGAUGGAGAAGGGUUUAGUUUCUAAAGCUCGAAUUUCUGAUGAGCACAGUAUUGCUGGACAUACUCCUAUCAGAGAUGAGAAGGUGAAGCCAGCUAGGGUUGUGAAUGCUAAAGCUGAGCAGUCUAUUAUUGAAGCUAAUCAUGCUCCCGAGAAUACUUCAAGCAGCCCUGUUCUUGCUUCUACUCAUGGCAUUAGUGCUUCUGCUGGUGAUAAGCGGCCUGCGUCAUGGACAGGGUCUGAUUCGGCUGCCACUAGAUUGAAUUCUUCAGGGGAUGGAGUGAUGUCUCGGUCUCAACCACACAAGAGAGCUCAGGCAGUGCAAGGUAGACCAGAGAAUCGAGGUAAAGGAAGGUCUAACACUCAGGAGGUUGAAGAGUGGAGACAGAAGUCUCUUGUUGCAGAAUCCUCAGUUACUGUUCCGGUGGAUAGUUUUGGGGCGACCUCUAACGUUUGUCAGGCAGAUCAGGAUGCUACUCAAGAGGUAAUAAAGAAAUCUGAAACCAGUCUGCAGGGCAAGCUGCCAGUGGAGUUGCAUGCCACCUCUACAUUUGACGCAAGUGGCUAUAAGGAGCAGCGGGCUAAACUGAAAGAGGUAGCAGCACAACGCGCAAAACAGCUACAAAAAGAGGAGGAAGAGCGGAUAAGAGAGCAGAAAGCCAAGGCUCUUGCGAAACUAGAAGAGUUGAAUAAGCGAGCUCUUGCUGAUAAUUCAACUGAGAAGCUGGAUAAUGCUUUACCAUUGAGCACGACCUCCGAGCAUCAGCAAGAUCCUGUCGUCACAAUCAAUUUGCCAUUGCCAACUCCCCUGCAGAAGGAUGUUGAUAAAUCGGAUUCUAACAAUCAGGAAGCUGUGUCAGAAGGUCAUGAUACCUUACUUGUCAAGCAGAAACAAAUGGGCUAUAAAAAAAAGCAGAAUAAUAUUCCAGUGGAUAGAAAUCCAAGUGACAAGUCAGUAUCCAUUGGGAAAAAUGGAGGAAUAAAGAGCCAGAAUGUGGUUGCAGAUGCAAAUGCUUCAGUUACUGAAUCUAGUAUGCCCAGUAACACUAAUAACUUUGCUGAUGAUCCCGUACCUCUGCAGAAGAAGAAGAAUAGCAGGACUGGUAAGAACAAGCAGAAGUUGGACGAGGUUUCAUCAGGUGCACCUAUACCAUCAUCAGUACCAUAUGAAGGAAAUGCUGCAAAAGGGCCUGAUGAAAUUGCUAAGCAGAUUGUAUGGGGAUCUCUUUCAGAAAGUAACUUGGUUCGGGCAGCAUCAUUAAAGGAGAAUUCACCAGAUGUAGUUAUCUCUGCAGAACAUGGAUGGUCUCUACCAACUGAGGAAUCACAUGGUAAAGGAGACAACCACUGGAAGCCUCAGUCCCCUCGGCGUACGCACAGAAAUGCGCAAGGCUACCGACCAACAGAAAAAGCCCAUGGCAACGAAGCUGUUAUUUGGACACCUGUGCGUUCACUGAAUAAGAAUGAGGUUUCUGAUGAACCUGUCAAUAAUGUUAAGGUUGAAAUUCAAGCCCCGGCCACAAAUGGGAGCGGAGUUCAGAAUCACCAAAAAAGUAAGAGGGCUGAAAUGGAGAGGUAUGUUCCAAAGCAACUGUCCCAGCAGGGAAACUCUCAACGACCAUCAUCUCCAUCUGUCAACAAGGCAUUAUCCAGUGAGACAAGUGUGAAAGCAGAAUCUGGAUCUCUAACUCCUGAAAGUAGUAGUGCAUCUGAUGGCUCAAAAGUAGGUCCGGUUGCUGUAUCAAAGAAUGGGGAGACUAAGAAUAGUAAGUACAGUAAAACACAAGGAUUAUGGCGGCAACGUGGUUCAAUGGCAGAAUCAGAUAUCGCGCAUACUUCACAGGAAGCAUCAUCUUUCUCAUUAGUUCAAAGCAAGACUACUGAGAAACCAAUUGAACUGCCCCAAGCUGUCAAGUCAGAGGUACUGUUGCAAGGGCAAGCGAAAGAUUAUGACAACUGGAAUGAUACUCCUUGUGAACCUCCGACUGUCCCUGUUGUUGCUGUGAAGGACCAUGGAGGUCCAAACAGAGGAAGGCGACAGCAAUUCAAAGGGAACAAGGUUACAUCACCCGGUCACAAUGCUUCAGAACGGAACAAUGUGAAAGAUGAAUUGAGGCAAUCAGAUGGAAAAACCAUGUCGGUGGAAAACCAUGGAACUGCUGGUGACCAUGCUUCGUCUCAUUGGCAACCCAAAUCUCAGCCACAUCCUGUUCCUAUUAAUAAUAAUAGACAGGGGAACAGAGCCCAAGGAGGUCGAAGAGCUUCCAGUCAGGUUGACAAGGCUUCCGAGAAUGAUUUUCCUGCCCAAGGUGGUAACCCUCCUGCCUUGAGAAACGAAAAAGAUACAAAUGCUGGUGCCUCACUUCAGCAUCGGGCUGAUCAGUCCAACACUGGAGUACCGCGCAAACAAGAGGCUAAGAAAGUCAGGAAGGAUGUAGACUCAUCCAAGGAUGCUGUUCAUUCCCAAACUGGUGGUCCGAAGAACUCGACUAGAGUAGUUGUGCCUGAAAAUGCAGAUACCCAAAAUGAACAGCCCUUUUCUCCAGGCCCGCGCAGGCAUGGUCAACACAGUGGUCGCAAUGGCAGAGGAGGACAUGAAGCAUCUCAUGGAGGAUAUAGGAACUCUGCGGUGCAAGAUGCCAGUAAGCAUCAACAGCAACCUUCAAAAACUGAUAGACGGAGGAACAACUCACAUUAUGAGUACCAGCCAGCCAGGGCUUACAGUAAUGAACCUAGUGAAUCGUUUGAAGGAGGAGGAGGUUCUUCUUCACGGGGAAUGGGUUCAAGAUACCGUGAGAGGGGAGGUCAUUCUCAGUCGAGGCGUGGUGGGUCAAAUGGUUAUGGGAGGAAUAGUGGCGGUGCAGAAGUGGGUGCUUCAUAUGGUGGUGGUAAUGAAGAUUGAAGGUUUGCAACUGUGGUUUCUUGUCCAAGAUAAAAACAGUCAUUGUGGCAUGUGUAUCUGCUUGUUUGCUGACUUUGCAACAUUUAGAGGGAAGAGUAUGGUAGAUGUGACACGGCGCAGAGAAUGUGGUUGCAAUGUAAUGAUGAUGAUUCUGCGGGUUCGUCGGUUUCUAUUUCACUUGAUAAAGAGAAGAGGUAUUGAUGGGUGCUUUUGACCUUUUAUUGAUGAUUUUUAAGAUGUAUUUGUUUUUAUUUCUUUCCAAACAGAUUGUGGGUUGUUGACGAUUUAGUGUUGUCAGACCUUGGUAUUUUUCCCAAGGCGUCUGUAUUUAGUGUGGGUUUUUCAAUGCCCAAAAAGAAAAAGCUGUGAGAAAUUUUUAAAAAGCAAAGAAGUAGAAGGAAAGUGGGAGCUGUUCCUAUUUGUCUGUGACUAGCUUUUGUUAUCUGGGACUCUUUUUGUUCUUGUUUAAUGGAAAUAUAGGAAGGUAGUACCAGAAGACCUCCGUUGUAAACGCACACCAGGAUUUUCAGUUCUGUGUGCUUUCCUGUAUAUUAUUUGUACCUACUACUAGUCUUGUGGUUUGAACAUCAUGUGAAAGUACGUAACAAUUGAAGUUCAUUUCAGCAUGGCCGAGUUCAA